AUGCUGCAAUCCAUGUUCUUCUUCUAUAUUGUUUCUCUUAGUUCAAUAGCAACAUCAAUCCAAUCAGAAAUUAUAUGUCUUAAUGAUUCAAGCACAACUUGCCAUUGUAAUAAGGAAAUUGGUCUAGUAACUUGUACUGAAGAUAUCUUAAGUAAUGACACUUCUAUCGAUUGGUCAAUAUUUUCAUCAAACGAAGACAUAUAUCACUUGUUUUAUUUUAUUAAUUUCACACGUUUAACACGUUCUACAUUUACAAGCUUUCCAUCCGUAUUCCCAUCGCUUGGAAGACUAGUGUUCACAUUUAUCAACGGUAUCGAUCGAAUAGAGGAAAAUACUUUCAAGCCAUUAAACUACUAUUCUGACCGAUCAAUUUCUCUUUCAUUCAACGCACCAAGAAACUUUCAACUUGAUAAUUAUGCAUUUGGUCAAGUAAACUAUACGGAAAUCCUUAUUUCUGGCAUCCAAUAUCAUGACAUUCAUCGUUCAUAUGAAUUAAACUUGAAAGCAUUUGAUAAAACAAGUAUUUUCAAACUGGGCAUCAGGAAUUCAAAAUGCAUUUAUUCAACUUCCAAUGAAUCAUCGUCUUUCGAUGUUAUUGAAUUGGAAUUCGAGAAAUGUUCACUGAGAAAUGCGAGUCUUCUCCUUGGAAGUCUUUCAGAAUCAUUGAAUAAGCUCGAUUUAUCAUUCAAUCUAUUACAAGACAUUCCAUCGUUGACUAGGUUUCUUCAUCUUCAAGAAAUUAAUUUAAAUUAUAAUUUAUUACGAGAAAUUAAAUCUAAUGUGUUUUCAAAUUUACACAUUACUCAUAUGGAUUUAUCGAGCAAUCGAAUUUAUCAUAUUGAACUUGAUGCGUUCACUGGAUCGAAUAUCAAAACGUUGAAAUUGAACGACAAUCAUAUCAAAUUUUUAGAUACGGUCACGCCUAAUAACAAAGCGGCAUCAUUCUUACAUCCAUUGAAUCAAACAUUAGAGACUCUCGAUUUAUCGCAUAAUUAUGUAGUUGACUUGACAGGUAUGCAAAACCUAUCUCGUUUGACGACAUUGACCAUGUGUUGCAAUCAUAUCAAAGUGUUAGAUGAUUUCUCAUUUCUAAAAGCAAACCAACUUCAAACGAUUGACUUAAGUCAGAAUUUUAUUUUCUUAAUUUAUCCAAGGGCUUUUAGAGGAACGAAUUUGGUUUCUCUGGAUUUAUCGGGAAAUCAGUUUUCGUCCUUAGAAAUGACACAGACCGGUUCGGAUGAGCAGUCAAAACCAAUAAAUCGAACAAAUUCAUUUCUUUACAGUACUGCACCAACGCUGAAGGCUUUAUCGUUGGCGAACAACCGACAGCUAUCCAUCAUUAACUGGUUUGUUUUCACGAAGCUAUUCAAACUAGAGAGUUUGGAUCUCACAGGAAUACCAAUGAGUAAACAAUUUUGGCAUUAUGAGCCAAGAAAUGAUUCUGCUAUUCAAUGGUCUGAUCGUCCAUCGAAUCUUUAUGUGAUGCUCUUUGGUUUUCACCUCACCAGCGGUGAUUAUUGUUUAUCGAAACCCGUCUUUCAAAUACUCAAUCACACAACGAUGGGAAUUGAUGCAAAUCAUACAUGCAAUUGUUUUCUAUUCUUACAUGAAAACAUGUUUUACUCGUCACAACGUCCCAUCUGUUUACGCAACCAAUCGAUUGUAGAUGAACUAACUCAACAAUGUAUGAAUAUUGAUUCGUACUGUUCGUCGUUGACAACCACUUCAACGACUUCUCUAACGCGAGUAACAACAAAAGUAGAGUCAUCGUCAACAGCAAGCUUGACAACAUUAACUACAACAACGGGCAUUCCAGUUACAUUAGGAGCAGGAAAGGACGAAGGAAAAUGGAGAACAAUAUUAGCAAUAACCAUUCCAGUAACUGUUGUUGUUCUUGUUGCAUCUGCAACUAGUAUAUAUGUCGUUCGAAAACGCAGAAACAACAAGUUCAAGGAGAGUAUUGAGAUGGAUACAUCAUUUACGAAUAUAUUCGCGAGAAAAUAA